AUGCGCGUCGGUUCUACUUUCUUGCCCCUGGCGGGCUCGCUCUUGGUCGAGGCCUCUUCGGUGUCCGCUGGUUGCAGCGCCCUCAAGGGCCAGGUCAGCAGUGCCGUCUUCUCUCAGAACACCCCGGUUUACGAGUAUGAAGCGCAGAAUUUCUGGUCCAACACGGAAAUCAUGAGCCCUGGGUGUGUUUUCCGCCCUCAGUCGAGCGCUCAAUUGGCCCAGGGAGUGAAGGCAUUAGUCGAUGCCAACGCGCAGUUCGCCGUGCGCGGCGGCGGUCACAUGGGUAUCCGGGGAUCCAACAAUAUUGACGAUGGGGUGCUCAUUGUUAUGUCUAACCUGACUACUCUGGAAUUGUCCGAGGAUCAGUCGAUCGUGUCGGUCGGUCCCUCUCAUAGAUGGGAGGACGUCUAUGCCUAUCUCGCCGAUUACGGCCUCGCCGCGGCGGGUGGCCGUCUGGGCCCCGUCGGUGUCCCCGGAUUGCUUUUGGCCGGAGGUGUCAACUUCUAUGGUAACCAGGUUGGCUGGUCCUGCAACACAGUCGUCAACUACGAGGUCGUCCUGGCCGACGGUUCCGUGGUGGAAGCCAAUAAGACACACUAUUCCGAUCUGUUCUGGGCCCUGAAGGGCGGCAGCAGCAACUUCGGUCUUGUCACUCGGUUUGAUUUGGAGACUAUCAAAUCGCCCAAGGUCUGGGCCGGUACCCAUACCGUGUCCUCGGAAUACGUGGACCAAUUCCUGGAGGCUGCCGCUACCUAUGCCUCCAACAUUUCGGACCCCAAGACGCACAUUGUGCCGGCGCUGGUUCCGGGCGACGAGCUCCUGGCUUCGGUCAUCCUCUUCUACGACAGCGAGGAUACCGGCUAUCCGGAGAUCUUCAAGCCCUUCACCGAUAUUCCCGCCAUCAGCAGCACCCUGGACUUCAAGACUGUGUCGGAGUUCGCUGCCGAGACUGGAGCCAUGGUUGUCCCUCACAUCAACGAUGUGUUUGUGGCUGGUACUGUUGUCGGUACCACCUACGCCGAGCUGCUCCAGGGUAUCACCAUCAUCAACACCACUUUCUUCGAGCACUUGCCCAAACUUUACGCUCAGAUCCCCGCUGCCAACAUCUCCACCAUCCAGCUGGACUGGCAGCCCAUCGGCGCCGACUGGAUGAAGGCCUCGGAGGACAAGGGUGGCAAUGCCCUCGGACUGGACUCUUCCAAGAUCUACCUCUGCUAUGCCGAGUGGGUGGAGGAAACUACCUAUGCCAUCAACAACGCCACCCAGAAGGCCGGCCUGUAUGACGCGUUCAACUACAUGGGCGACGCUGCCGGAUUCCAGUCCAUCUUCCCCGGAUACGGCGAGGAGAACGUCGCGAAGCUGCAGACUAUUGCCAAGAAAUACGACCCCAACCAGGUCUUCCAGACUCUGAUGCCGGGCGGCUUCAAGGUGUACUAA